UAUUGUUGUUUACAAUUUGUUGCGAUUAAAAAAUGUAACAAUUAAUUUUUCAGAAAUAAAUUAAAUAUUUAAAUGAAAUUAUCUUGAUAAAAUGGCAGAUAAUAAUGUUCUUUUUGUACGGGGAAAUGGAAACGUUACAGAUGCAGAUGAUGAAGAUGUCUGGGAUGAUACUGCAUUGAUAAAAGCAUAUGAUAAAGCAAUAAAUUUAGCAAAAGAAGAAGUUGUCAAGCGAAUGGGUAUAGACGUUCAAAAUUCACCAUCUAAAGAAAAAUUGCAGAAUUUUAAACAGUCUCAACAUAUAAAUAAACCUUAUAAGAAAUGGAUUGUAGGAUCCCCUUGUCGUGCAGUAUACUCAGAGGAUGGUGAAAUUUAUGAAGCUAUAAUAUUAAAAAUUUAUGAAAACACUGGAACUUGUAUCAUAAAAUUUGUAGGAUAUGGUAAUACAGAGAAAGUAGAGUUGAAAUCUCUUUUAGAAUCAGAAGGUCUGCAAAGUCAGAUAGCACAACAAAAAAAUGCAGUGGCAGAAAAACUCAAUGAAGAAAAUGAUGCAACUGAUGAAACAAAUUUUUCUACAAAUAUGAAUUCAAAAAAAUGUAAUAGGGAAAAAAUGGAUUGCGAAUCUGAAGACACCAAAGAAUAUAAACAUCAUUUCAUGCCUGGACCAUCUUUCAAUUCAAUAGCAGAUAUAAUGCCACCUGCACCUCCCUUACCACCACAAUUAAUGGCCAAAUUACCAGAUAAUGACGCAGACGCACUUUCGAGUAUGUUGAUGUCAUGGUAUAUAAGUGGCUUUCACACAGGUUAUUACCAUGGUUUGAAACAAGCAAGAAAUAAUCAAGAAAAAAGAAGGAAUUGCUAA